UGUCCAAAAUAGCACCCUAUUCCUACAUAGUGCACUAUUUUCUACCAGAGCCUCAUAGUCACGGUCAAACAGUGCACUGUGUAGGGGAUAGGGUGCCAUUUAGGUCACAUUCAUAAUGUUGGGUUGUUGUAAGGUUGCUGUAAUGGAUUUAUUCUGACCAUGGUCCCCUCCCUUCCUCUCCUCCUCUGGUCCCCCUGUCCCUGUCUCUGGGUGGGGAACGUCACCAUGGACCUCACUGAGAAACACAUAUUGGACCUUUUCAAAACUUGUGGUUAUGUGUGGUGAGAUAGAGAGUAUCAGAGUUCUACAUGAGAGAUGAUGUGCCUUUGUCAACAUCAAGAAUACCAACAUGGCUGCUUUCGCCUUGGAGAGGCUCCAGGUGGUGGAGCUGGAGAGCACCAGACUGGUGAUUUGGUACCCAGACCGCUAGGUCCUCUCCUCAGAGGACCAACCUCCAACCGAGACCUCAACACCUCCUCAGCCUCCCAGUACGCCGCCACAGGGCCCAGGAGGAUGGCUCCCAUUAAUGGUGAUGAGUGUUUCUUCUGGAGGACCACUGGCUGCCUGUAUGGUGACAAAUGUCGCAUCAAACACAAGCCUGACCAUAAAGGAAGAGACAGGAAACCAUGGCAACCCUGAACACCCUGACCACCCUGACCACCCAGACUACCCUGACUACCCUGACCAUCCAGACCACCCAGACUACCCUGACCACCCUGACCCACUGACCACCCUGAACACCACGCACCGUCCGGAUGUAACAGAGGGAAGAAGAAGAGGAGGAAGAGGAAGAACAGAAUAAUGAAUAUGAAGAUUGAGGUAGAGGAAUAGGGACAGUGUACCUACCUUAAAAGGGAACAGCAAUGGGGGUGUUGGGGGGUGCCACCACUUUUGUAGUCCUCUGACACACAGCACAGACAGAACACUGGACAUACAGUAUGAGUGUGUGAAGUGUCAAUCAAAGUGAAGAGGAGUGCUCCUCUGAUUUCCUUUCCCCGCUCCCUCAGCCUGAGCUGAUUUGGAAUUGAAUUGCAGAUGAAUAUAGGGCCUGUUCCAGGCAGACUAUAUUACAGUCGCCUGCCAGAUCUCACAAUGCCUGGAUAGGUGUUUGUGUUUAAGAUAUCAGUUAACCUGCAUUUCCUGACUGCACAAUCAAUGAUGUGGCACACAACCAUUGGUUGCUGCGCACAGCUUGACUGCAAUAUAGUCAGCCUGGAACGCCCUCAGUGUCCAUGCGGUGUUCUAACAUCCACACCAGACCACCUUAACUGAAACAAGAAGGGGGCUGCUGUGGAUAUUGGAUCAAGGCCCGUAUCUUCAGUUCAGUGAUUUUAUACUGUACAUGAUGUUCAGUGGACUAAUUAAAUUCAAGUGGACUAAAGUGACAAUAUGAGGAGUACAGAAUGACUGUUUGAGAGCAUCAAUGUAAAAAGACAAUCUGUCUGUAUCCUCUCAGCAUGUGGGGGAGCUGAGUGUACAAAUGACUUAGUGUUUUAUUAUGUCAAUCAGUUGUAUUCAUUCAUAAUAAAAUAUAGUUUAAUCAAAUCA